CUGUUUUUUGGUCUUCUCUAUCAGCGAGACCUUUACAUCUUCUGCAUCCUUGGCAAUAUAAGCCUAAACUGUAUAUAGCAUUUUAUAGAGACGCUAGUCUGGCAUGGUGAGUCCAGCAUAAACCCCACUCAUCAUCACAGUAUUUAUAUAGGGCCUAUGGAAACUGCUUUUGAGAAGUUUUUUCUUUCUGGGGAGUAUCGGAUAUAAUUACUUCAGAGAAUCUGUAGAAUAUCGCACUAAGCCAUGUCUAUCAAACGAAUCCCCUACUCCGCUCCACGGGAAGAGUUCAUCAGCGCGAUUGAGAAAGAUGGAUGCGUGAUCAUCCAGAAUUUCACAACGAAGGAAAAGCUUGCGCGAGCGCAGAGCGAGGUUCAGCCGUACUUGGAUGCUGAUGGGGAGAUGAGUAAAGUUGGAGCACUGAAUGGAGGCACGAGAACUUGCACGAAGCUCAUUGGACGAAGUAAGACUGUACGAGAGGAGUUCUUUUCAGAUCCUUUAUAUCAGGACCUAUCUGAGCACUUCCUCUCACUCACCACUACAAAUUACUACAACACCGAACCCUCAACCAACACUACCCAUCCACUCCUCUCCAUUGCUAUCACAAUGGACAUCCGCCCCGGCGCCGCAGCCCAGCGUCUCCAUCGCGACGACAAGAACCAUCAUGCUCGCCACGUCCGCACUUCCAGCUACUCGUACGAGCCACAUCGGGACAUGCUCCUCGGUCUCUUCGUGCCUGGAUGCGAUACCACGAAAGAGAUAGGCGCCACGCGCGUCGUGCCGGGGAGUCAUCUGUGGGGAGACGAAAAGCCGGAUUUUGGCCCCGAUGGGUGUAAGGGCGUGGUUGAUGCGGAGAUGAAAGCUGGAGAUGCGUUCGUGAUGUUGGGAAGUCUGUAUCAUGGUGGAGGGGAGUUUAUGAAAGAUAGUGGUAGUAGGACGGUGCAUAUUAUGUUUAUGUGUAGUGGGGUUUAUAGGCAGGAGGAAAUCUCGUAUCUGUCGUAUCCGAUAGAAGAAGUAAAGACGUAUUCGAAACUUGUGCAAGAACGUCUGGGUUGGAAGCAGUCAGAGCCGAACCUUGGAUGGGUCGAUUUGAAGUCUCCGGAGUUCAUGCUGGAGUGAUAUUGAUUCUUCAAUGCUUUGAGAAAACAAAUGAAGUCCGAAAUGCUAGGAGAGUUCCGUACUAUGGACGUAUCAUCCCGCUCACGAAGGU